GGGAUCCUAAAAGACGUUUCUGCCUCACCCCAUCUCCUCUAUCCCUAACCCAAUCUCCAUUCGUCGCAUGAUCGCCGCACCCCCAUCCUCGAGUGAGAUUUCGGCUUCCCUCCUCGGUUCUGGCCACAUGCAGAGAAGCUAUGGCUAUCUAUGCGAUUCGAUUCGAUCCCAGCAUGAGGAUGUUGUUCUCUUCGUUGUGUCUGUUCCUUCUCCCCAGGGUUGCUCUGUCUGUUUCUGUGGAGCAUACCUCAUUCUCCAUCUCGAUUUCUCGGUUUUGGAUAGCAGAUGUUGCCACCGCGGUUCAAGAGGUAUAUGUGGGCUAUGGUUCCAUUGUCCCCCUGUUCAAUCUCUUUCUCGAUUCCUUCUCCAGUUUCAAUUUCUUUUUUGUGUUAAUUGUUGUUGUUUUCUGGAUCUAUCAUUUAAUUUUGAGUUGUUUGGUUUCUGAUUUAAUCAUGGUGAUUGUUACUUGUUUUUGUAAAUCAAUGGUUCUCUCCUAUGUUUGUGCUGUUGGUGUUUCUGUGAAAUAAUUUACUUCUUGGGGGGGUUUGCUCAUUAUAAAUUAUAUAGUUUUCUUUCUGCUGUUGGACUGAAGUUAACUGUAGUGUUUGGUAUAGUUGACUGAUGAAAUUCUCUUUUUGCUUUAUUGUGAAUUGUCAAAUCAACUAUAUGUGGUAGGUAUUUGGUAAUUUGCAAUAGGUCUCUUCCCAUAUUGUUUUUGCUCUUUUCCCAUGAGUAUUUGGUAACUUGUGAUAUCUUCCUAAAUGAUGUGUGUAGCCAUAUCAAUCUAUAUAUGCCUAUUAGUCUAUCUCUAUCCUAUAUGUGAAGCUUACAUUGUAAGCUUUAGUGUUUCUUAAAUUUGGGAGUUUAUAACUCCAACUCAUGUGUUUAUCUUCUCAUCUUAGUUCUGAGUUCUUCUGUGUAUAUUUUCUACUUUUGGUGUUCUUAUCUUUCAUAUUUUGGGAAUGAAUAACCGUGUUGAUCUGGUGGACAAAAUCACUCCGUGGAGAGAAUCAUGGAAAGUGCAUGUUAAAGUUGUGAAGUUGUGGUACCACAAGAAUCCUGCUUUGGAUCCUUCUCAAAAUCUGUUGCAUAUGGUCUUAAUGGAUGAGAAGUUACACAAGAUCCAAGCCACCAUUAGAUAUCAGCUUAUAUCAAAAUUUUCCUUGUCUCUAAAUGAAGGGGAUGUGUACUUGAUGACCCAUUUUACAGUUGUACCGAACACUGGUUUGAACAGAGUGACAAAACAUCGGUUCAGACUUUUGUUCCAAUACAACACCUCUGUUGUUUCUGUGGUAUCUCCAAGGAUACCUCAUUCGGGUCUGUGUUUUGCAUCAAUAGAUGAAAUUGAUCAAAUAACAAAGGACCAUAAUUUCCUCAUUGACUUUUUUGGGAUUAUUACUGGUGUUCGAAAAGAAAGAGAUGUGGAAUCAUAUGGGAAGCUGGUCAAAGCAGUGGUGCUAGAAGUCUUUGCUGAUGGCAAAAGGGUACAAUGCAAUGUGUUUGGAAAUGCUUGUGAUCUGUUAGAAUAUGAUAAGUUACAAAAAUAUGCAAGAUCUCCCCUGGUUGUCCUCGAGUCUUUUAAAAUCAAAGCAAUUGAAGGUGGGGUAAUCCUACAGAAUGUGAUAAAUGUCUCUAGGUUAUUCAUUAAUCCUGACAUUCCUGAGUCUGUUGAGUUCCUAAGCAGAUUUAGUGUAGCCAGAUAUGGAUUCUCAAGACUUGUGACCAAUGACCUUGGAUACUUAGUUUCUAAAGUUGAUGGUGAUUAUUUCAAUCCCAAAGAGAUCAGUAAUAUUCAAGAUCUUCAUUCAGAUAAUGGGGAAGUUAUGGAUGAACCAGAUUGGUGGUACUACACAUGUGUGUGUGGUCAUGCCGUUGUUGAGCAUGAGGAUCUCUACCUUUGUGAUGCUUGUGGUUCAUGUGUUGAGCAUGUUAUGGUCAAAUAUGGGAUUCGGGUAAAGAUUUAGGCUGCUCGGUGUACUGUUUUGUUUGUUUUGCUUGAUAAUACGGCAACAAAACUAUUUGGAAGAACCUGUUCUGAAGC